GGAUAUGUCAUCAAAUCUUACAACAUGCUCCACAAUCAUCCAUGUAGUAGUUCAUGGAUGGUAUGUGAUCCAUGGACAAGGAGAUUAUCGUCAGAAGAAAAAGAGAACUUGAAGCCCGUAAUACUUCACUGUAAGUCAGCAGAUGAAGUUAUCGAAAGUAUUAAGGAGAGAACUGGUAAGCAAGUAACUGCUGCCGAUGUCAAAGGUAUGAAAGCUACACUCUCCACUGGUUGUUUUACUCGGAAGCAGGUAUUGGAUAUGCUGAGACAGAAAGGCGAAGUGAGGGAACAUUUAGAAAAUGGAUAUGCCACGAAGCCAAAGAAUCCAUAAGCAUCGCAUCAUUGAGAAGUUUGGUGAACGUUUCGCAACGGAAGUUGAGAAGAAAGUGGACAAUUACUACUUAAGAAUUCU